AUGAAGCAGGACGAGAGUUCCGCAAGCGCAGGAUGGGCGCGACCACCCCCAGCCAUGGGCGACACAACGGUCGCUCAUCAAACGCUUUCGGACGCCCAGAGAAGCUGCUCGGACGCCCAAAGAGACGUUUCAAACGACCUUUCCGCCGGAAGCGAUUCUGGCGAUUCCGGUGUCCGCCCGGAAGACGCGGACGAGAUCUUUGACGAGUUCUGGUCUCUUCCCCCCGAGCAGGUUGGCACCCAGCUGAAAACUUUGGAGGAGGCGGAGCGCUCGCGCCGGGGCUCGCGCGCGUCGUCCUUCCGGUACGAAUCCGACCAAGAAGCGCCCGGGAAACGAGACCGGGGGAUAGUUAGGUUAGCGAGCGACGUGGUUAAGAAGCUCAAGGAGGCCGAAGAGGAGCUAGCGAAGGAGAUCGACGAGGAGGCGGAGAGAGACGCGAUCCAAACGGAAGUGUCCGAAGUCGCCGAGCGCGCCGCGGAGUCGGGGGAUCCCCCCGGGGAGAUCGUGCGCGAGAUGGAAUCUAGAUGGGGGGGAGAAAUGACGGAGGAGGAGCGCAAGGCGCUGGAGCGGCUGACGCAGUACCAAGACUGGCCCGGGGGAAUCAACUGGGGGGUGCCCGGGGGACGCGUGGAUCAAGUCAGGGAGAGCCAUAACCCAGGGUUACCAGGGGACCAGAGCCCGGGUUACGAUAACCCGGGGGGUCAAGGGACCGAGACCAAGGUGGUGGCGGUACCCCCGGGAGAAGUGGACGAGGACGGUUCGAAGGAGCCCGUCGAAGCGCAGCCCAGUCCGACGUCGCCCCUGGGGUUCGAUUUCGAUGCAGAGGCGGGCGAAUCGUCUGCUGGGACGGACACGUGGUCGCCGACAAUUGGAUGGGACAGCCCGGUGAGCGCAGUGAGCGGCGGCGACCAAGGGACGCUGAAGCGGGUGGACAGCUGGUACGAGAAGAGUGUCACGGGCAAGGCAAAAGAUGUUAUGGAGAGCAUAGUCAAGGGCUGGUGGAUGCAGUUUCCGGAGUGGCCGGGGUUAGCUUCGUGA